AUGCUUUGUGGCGGUGCAUUGCGAAUCCCUCUUCUUGUGCUUGCGUCGUGCGUUUCGCUCGGUAGAACAGCAACGCUCUUCACGGGCGGCACAGUGAUAGGCUGGGAUCGCUCUGCCAGCUACCUCGAUGUUAUCCGGAAUGGCUCUGUGUUAGUUGAGAAUGACACAAUAACGGCGGUUUUCUCUGGAUCGUACAAUGGAACUCUACCAGCCGACCUGGACGUCGUCGACGCUGCCAACGACAUCAUCUCCACGGGCUUUAUCGACACCCAUCGCCAUAGCUGGCAGACGGCCUUUAAGACUUUGGGCUCGAAUGUCACACUGAUGCGAUACUUCGAGCGCUAUGGCACCGAUUCGCCCGCUAAUGCGCAUCUUACGCCCCAGGAUGUGUACAUUGGCCAGCUCGUCGGGUUGUAUGAGGCCUUGAACGGCGGUGUCACCACCAUUCUGGACUUCCCGCAUUGCACAUGGUCGGCGGCUCACGCCAUGGCCGCGCUCAAUGCGACGCUGGAAAGUGGGGUAAGAAUUGAAUUUGCGUACUACUUCCAGGACUAUGCGAACUUCACAGUCGAUGAGCAGAUUGAUCUUCUCCGGGAUCUAGUCGACGACGCGCGUUUCGACAGCUCGCCUACGGAGCUGGGCAUCUCCUACGAUGGCUUCUCCAGUUCUGACAGGAACCAAACGCGCACCAUACUUGACUUGGCGAUUGAGAAGAACGUUUCCGUAGUCACCACCCAUGCGAAUGGCGGCGUCUAUGGCGCCCCAAACUUUCCUGAGGUCUUGGACGGAUUCGACUUCCUCAAUCAAUCUAUUCCCAUCGUCUUCGCACAUGCCAGCUAUCACAGCGCAACAGAUGCGCAACUGCUGCGUCAGUACAACCACUACAUCUCCACGACCCCAGAAUCGGAGAUGCAUUACGGUCACCUACAUCCCAACAGCCAUCUCACCCUAGACCAGGAGGCUUUGGGUAUCGACACGCAUUUUACCUUCUCAUCGGAUAUCUUGACGCAGGCACGAUUGUGGCUCCAGAGCGUCAGAAAGAUCUUCUACCGCGAAGUUGUUGAUCGACGCCGCCUUCCCGCCGAGAACCCCAUGUCCGCCAACCAGGCCUUCCUUCUAGCGACUCGUAACGGAGCACUCGCAUUGCGACGAUCAGACAUUGGUGUUUUGGCCCCAGGAGCUAAAGCAGAUCUUCUGGUGUGGAAUGGCCGCGCUCCCAGUGUACUUGGCUGGGCCGAUCCAAUCGCUGCGAUCAUGCUACAUGCGAAUGUGGGAGAUAUCAAGCAUGUCAUGAUCAAUGGAAAAUUCAAGAAGCGAGACGGACAGCUGACUGUGCCUGGGUACAUGGCGCUGCAAGAGCGCUUUCUGGAGAGCGCGAAGAGAAUCCAAGAUAUCUGGAAACAGACGCCGCUACCAAUUACAGAAGGUGAGGCGGAAAACGGGGUGCCUUUCGAGAAGCCGAUGAUGGCGGAUAUCGAGAGAGGCGAGGGAACUGGGUAUGGUCCUUUGUACGUCUAA